AUGAAGCAACAAAACCAAACUCUCACAGUGCCUCAAAUAGCAAAUCGAAAAAAGCUAAAAAGAAGAAAAAUGAUAGUUGGAGAGAAAAGAACGUUAGUUAAAUGCAAACCAAAACAAGAAACAAAUAAACCUAUAAUUUCCAGAAAAUGCCAAAAGACACCACUCAUAACACUAGAAUGCAUUGAUAAACGAGCGACUCAUAUCAAGUUGGUAACUUUUAAAGAAGCCAUUGGAUGUUUUGCUCCUCAAUUCUUUGGAUUUGAACAACAAGAUUCUCAAGAAUUUUUGGCUUAUUUAUUAGAUGAUUUGCAUGAAGAUUUAAAUAUAAAUUAUCACUAUUCUCAAAUUAAUUAUCAAAAUGAUGAUAUAUAA